CUAUUGGCCCCUAGUGAAAGGGCCGAGCAUCGUAUCAUUGAACAAGCAAGUGGGCGCUCGAAAGAUGCUGAGUCUGGGAACAAGCAGCAGGACACACUUGCUUUUUUUUCGUCAGGCCAGGCAAUCAGUCUUAUGGGGAGCUUUUCUGUCCGACCAGAAUUUGCUUUUUUGCCAUACCCUCCUCCAAGCCCUCCACAAUUGGACCAGAUCAGGAUAGGCCCUUUCAAGCGUCUUGCCCCUGUCAUUCUUCUUUUUCUUACCAUUUUACGCUGUGAAGGUGGGUGGGAUUUCUUGGAUCCACAGAAACUGAUCGCCAUGGGUUCAAGACGGUGGUGGCCGCUGGACGGUGUUCGAUAUCAGACGCGGGUGUGCCUUUUGAUGCAUAUAAUACUCGCCUGUCUCUGCCCCCAAUAUCAGCUAGAAGCAUCCUUUGCAAACGGAAUACCAUCUUCAGUGACGUUUUCUCAGUUUGGCCUACAUCAACCUAUAUACCAUACACCUCUCUUGUCAGCCUGA